AAACCCCCGUCGAUCGAACACCCCACCCAUGGCAACCAUGUCUUCUUCUCGCCAGCUCCACCGCCUCCGCCGCCUCUCCACAGCCGCCGCCGCCUCUCCCGUCGCCGCCGCCGCCGCAACCACCAGCGCCGAGGCCGCGGCUCCCUCGAUCUCCAUAUCCCGAGCGAAGUCCAAGCUCCGCUCCGAGUUCGACCCGGACAAGGCCCUGCAGAUCUACUCCUCCGUCUCCAAGCGCUACGCCUCCCCGGUCUCCUCCCGCUACGCCCAGGACCUCACCAUCCGCCGCCUCGCCAAGUCCCGCCGCUUCGCCGACAUCGAGGCCCUCGUCGAGUCCCACAAGGCGGAGCCCCAGGUCGCGCAGGAGCCCUUCCUGUGCACGCUGAUCCGAUCCUACGGGGUCGCGGGCAUGUUCGACCACGCGAUGCGGACGUACGAGCAGAUGGACGGGCUGGGCACGCCCAGGACGGUGCUCUCUUUCAAUUCCGUCUUGUCCGCGUGCAAUGCGUCGAAGCUGUUCGAUAAAGUGCCCGAGCUGUUCGGCGCCUUGCCCGGCAAGUACGGCGUGUCGCCGGACAGAGUGUCGUACGGGAUACUGGUGAAGUCGUACUGCGAGGCCGGGUCGCCCGAGAAGGGGAUCGAGGUUUUGAAGGAGAUGGAGGAGAAGGGCGUCGAGGUCACCGCGGUCACGUUCACGACGAUACUCGAUUCUCUGUAUAAGAACGGGAGGGGCGGGGAGGCGGAGAAGCUGUGGGACGAGAUGGCGAGAGCGGGCUGCGCGUUGGAUUCCGCCGCUUACAAUGUUAGGAUCAUGAACGCGCAGGGUUCGGGGCCGGAGGACGUGAAGAAGCUGAUUCAGGAGAUGAGCGAUGCGGGGUUUAAGCCGGACACGAUCAGCUACAAUUACCUGAUGACUUCUCAUUUGAAGGCGGGGAGGAUGGACGAGGCGAUCGAAGUGUACAAGGAGCUGGAGGGCAACGGGUGUAAGCCGAAUGCGGCGAGUUUCAGGACAUUGAUACAUUAUCUUUGUAAGAACGGGGAUUACGAAAAGGGGUACAAGAUCUUCAAGGAGAGCGUGAAGGUGCACAAGAUUCCUGAUUUUUUGACGCUGAGGAGCUUGGUCGAAGGAUUGGUGCAGAAGAAGAUGACCAAGGAGGCGAAGGGAUUGAUUAGGACCAUAAAGAAGAAGUUCCCUCCUAAUUUCUUGAAUGCGUGGAAGAAAGUUGAGGAAAAUCUUGGCUUGGCUUCGGCUGCCGAUGACACCGAUGCGUCUUUGACCCUUGAAGAGGAUAAAGAGGCAACUGGGUAAGUCAUGAAGCUCACUGCGAUUGACAUAUUGACAGAGUGCCGAUAGAGUCUUUUACGAUGGAAUCGACUUGAUCAGAUUGAAUGCCGACGCGUGGAACAGUAAGAUCACAGGUCUGGUAAUGGCGGAAACUGGAGAACAUUUUGGUUAUGCAUGAUGAAUUGUACCGGAGAAAUUAUGAGGUUCGCCUAAUGGUGGUCGGAUUGGUUGUUCUCCAUUGAUUUGUUGUGUGCUUCUUUGUAGUCUUGGAAAUUUUUAGUGGAUUUGAGUCCAGCUUUUGCCUUGCUCAGAGCCUGUAGUGAGCGACUAUCAUUCACAUCAAAGGGAAUAUAAUUAUUUUGCGUUGGUUCGCUGAUUAA